AUGAAUCCCUCUCGGGGAGGCAACUUUGCCGUCAGGCUGCUGGGCCAACAUCGCCCAAUCCUUUCUACCACUCUCCCGACCCUUUCCAGCGCCCGAUUCCAGUCGACACAGGCAGCGACUGAGCAGUCGAGCGCCCUCCAGUCUACAGCCGGUUCUGUCCCUGCGCGGAAACCAAGGAGAGAGGUCCCUCUGCCCAGCCAGGAGAAACCCCAGGGUGUCCUUGACUAUGCAUUGACCACACUUGACCAAGUAGCCAACUGGGCUCGCCAGGGCUCUUUGUGGCCGAUGACCUUCGGACUGGCAUGCUGUGCCGUAGAGAUGAUGCACCUGUCUACACCCCGAUACGACCAGGACAGAUUGGGAAUUAUUUUCCGAGCCUCGCCGCGUCAGUCUGAUGUGAUGAUUGUUGCCGGCACGUUGACGAACAAGAUGGCACCGGCCUUGAGACAGGUGUACGAUCAGAUGCCGGAGCCUCGAUGGGUGAUUAGUAUGGGCAGUUGUGCCAAUGGCGGUGGAUACUACCACUACAGUUACUCUGUUACCCGUGGAUGUGACAGAAUUGUACCUGUUGACAUCUACGUUCCUGGCUGCCCCCCGACUUCCGAAGCACUAAUGUACGGUAUCUUCCAGCUGCAGAGGAAGAUGCGAAACACAAAGAUCACCCGUAUGUGGUACCGACGAUGA